AUGAAUCAAGCGCGGACGAACGAGAUAUUUAUCGACAAGUAUACGGCGCUUGGGGAGAGAAGAAAUCCUGGUACAACUAUCGGGUCCAAGGGGUCGAGGUUGAGAACUUUCUCCCUUUCUUCUUCCCAUAUACUAGCAUGUGCAGUGGAAAAGGGCGCUGACGGCGUCCCACAGCACCACCGUUCGCAAAUCUCUAGGUUGCAAAAUGGUUGGGAACAGCAGCGAUGCUGUAUGGAGAGUAAUGGAUGUUUAUCCACGAACGGAUUUCCCCGAUAUUUGCAAGAAGGCUAUCUUGAACUCCGCCGUAGGAAACAAAUGCAAUUGUCCCCCGCAAAGGGGACUCACUUGUACGGCUUUUACAAAGAGUUGCCACAUGGCACCGUGGUGAGCGACUUGAUACCCUUAAUGAGCGCGCAUUUCAGAUUUUCCGACCAUAUAAUAUGGAUAUUGCAGAAACAAUCUGGUGGUCAGCGUAUUCCAUCAGACAACGCCCCUUCCCCUACCCCUAUUUCUUCUGUGACUUAA